AUGGAGCCUGAUGCCAUCCGUCCCGACCGGGAUAAGACUGGGCGCCAAAAGAACCCACGCCGGACAACCGCCCAGACACCGAUGCUGAGCGGCAACGUCAAGCAGGUCAACCAGAUCGACAACGAUGCAGAAGAAGACGGCCGAAGCACAGCCACAAGCAGAACAGAUUCAACGCCAACGCCCGAAGCCAGCAUCCUCGUCACCCUUGCCGAAGUCGAGCAGCUUUGCUUGAGCCUUCGCGACGUCAUCCCGGCCACGCCGCCCUUGAUUGCCACCUCGGUGUACGACUGCAUCCACAAGCCGUCAUUGGUGUCGCCCCGGACCAAGCCCGACUACACCGGCUCGGAUGGCAUGGUGGACUACCUGAAGUUUGCGCUGAACAUCAGGAGGCUGCUGGUCGGCGUCUUGGACUAUAUGAACACGCUGAAGCCGAUCGCUGAUUUGGCGGAUAAGGAGCGGGUGACCAUCAUCCAAAACUGCGCCCCGGCCUACAUGCUCCUGAACUUGUUGCACAACACCGUCCACGCCAACCCCAACAACAACGCAAUUCUCUUUCCAAACGGCCAGUACAUGGCUGAUUUUGGUGACGUCAAAGACGAGCCGGACUUUGGAGAUGAGAAUCGGGACCCGGCCAAGGAAGAGCACGGUCGCUUGAGAAGGCUGCUGAUCCGCGACAUUUUGCCCGCCUUCCGGGAUCUUGAACUUGACGAGCAUGAGUAUGUGGCGAUGAAGGCUGCCCUGGCCCUCGACCCAAACACCGCGCAUCUUUGCCCAGAAUCGAGGAGAUUGCUGUCUGUAGCAAGAGACUCCGUCCAAUCCUCCCUCUACCAAUACAUGGCCGGCCGAGGGCCCGCCGAAGCCAUCGCACGCUACGGCAGAAUCCUAAUGAUGGGCGCCACACUCUCGAAAAUCGGCGAGGAGAAAGACCCCGUCGGCCGUACCAUGUUGCAACGAAUUUUUCUGAUUACACUUGCCUUGGCUUGCCUGGCCGACGGCUUCAUCCUACGCCAGAAACGUCAGACGAUGGAAUACCCUGAGGAGUUGAAGCAGUACGCCCUUCCGCACGCUGGUACCAGGAUCAUGGUCGGAUACGCAAAUCGAUAUGCGCCACAGGAUUAUCCAAAAUGGUACUCCCGUACGAUGAUGAAGUGGGGCGGAGAAAGCCGCAUGUCCCCCUACGAGCGAAGUGACCCCCAUUUCCAGCAAUUCAUGAUGGACAGCUUCCGGCAA